UAAUUUUUUCGCCACCACGUGCUUUAAUUUUCCGCUUGUUUUGUUUAUCGCAAUUUUUGCAGAGCGCUAAAUCUCCGAAAAUCAUGGAUCCAGGUGUUUGUUACAUUAAACCAGAAUUCCUGGUUGAAGUGCAGAAAAAUGCGGAGAUUAAAUUGGGCGAGUACCCGGAAAAGCAUGAUUUGGAGAAGAAAAAGAAGGGAAAAAGACGUGGACAGAAUAAGAAUCGUCCGGCACCGUAUAAGAUGAAGCGAGAAUUGCAAUUGUGCAGUAGUCUGGUAAAUGGAGAUGAUUCUAGCACCUGCACAUACCCCAAAUGUAUCUACUUGCACGACGUGAAGAAAUAUCUGGAAGAGAAGCCCAAAGAUAUCGGCGAAAGUUGCUACAUUUACUCCCAAACGGGGCACUGUCAGUACGGCCUCACAUGCCGAUAUGCUGAGAAUCAUCUGGAUGAGGAAAAGAAGAACCUGGGAGCUACGGAGGGUGUGAGAAAACCCUUCAAUCCCAUUGAUAUUGAAUUGCUGACGAUUCUCCGGAAGCGCCAAUACAAUCUCGAUCGGAGUAAGAAAAUUGUCGAGGAAGUGGAGAAGAGAAAGCUCGAGGGAUACACUCCAGACACAGAUUUAAUUCCUGAAAGGCCAGCUGAGAGGAUGCGAAUUGAUUUUCGCAAUAAGCUCUUCCUGAGCCCACUUACCACCGUUGGGAAUCUUCCCUUUCGACGUAUUUGCAAAGAAUACGGUGCUGAUGUGACUUGUGGGGAAAUGGCGUGCGUGGUGCCUCUCCUCAGUGGAGCUAAGCAAGAAUGGGCUCUGACAAAGCGACACCCCACUGAGGAUCUCUUUGGGGUACAGAUUUGCGGCAAUAAAGCCAAUUUAGUGGCGGGAGCAACGCAAAUUCUCACCGAGAAAGCCAACGUGGACUUUGUGGAUCUCAAUUUGGGCUGUCCCAUUGAUUUGAUCUACAAACAAGGGGCAGGAAGUGCCCUGAUUCGCCGACAAAAUGUCCUCGAAGGGAUUGUGAGAAGUUGCGCAGCUGUUCUUGGGGAUAAACCCUUCACCGUGAAGACAAGAACGGGAGUUUAUGCCGAUAAGAGUGUUGCCCAUGAAUUGGUGCCUAAAUUCGAGGAAUGGGGAGCCAGCUUAGUCACUAUUCACGGCCGCUCCCGGGAGCAGAGAUACACGAAAAAUGCCGAUUGGAAGUACAUUGAGGAAUGCGCAAAGGCAGCCAAGGAGAUUCCUGUGAUUGGCAAUGGGGACAUUCUCAGUUUUGAGGAUUAUCUGGAAGCAAGGGAGGCUGCUCCGCAUAUUUCGGGGGCAAUGAUUGGCCGUGGAGCACUGAUAAAACCCUGGCUCUUCCAGGAGAUCAAAGAGCAACGGCACAUGGAUCCAUCAGCAACGGAGAGAUUCGAUAUGAUGAAGAAGUUUGUCAACUAUGGGCUCGAGCACUGGGGCAGCGAUACGAAAGGUGUAGAGAAUACACGGAGAUUCCUGCUGGAAUGGCAAUCCUUCCUGUACAGAUACGUACCCUAUGGCCUCCUGGAGCAUCCUCCGCAGAAGAUCAAUGCUCGACCCAAUACCUACCGCGGGCGGGAUGAUUUGGAAACAUUGCUGGCGUCAAAUAAUUGUGCUGAUUGGAUAAAACUCAGCGAGAGACUCCUCGGUCCCGUUCCGGAUGGCUUCCAAUUCCUCCCGAAGCACAAAGCUAAUUCAUAUGGGUGAAAAAAUUGGAGAUUUUAUUCAUGCCGGCCUGAGGUAAAUAAAGGCAAGUCAAUCCAUUA